GAGUCUCCACUGUCGACGAGAGCUACUUCGCCUCGAAUCGAGACUCCGGCGACUGAGGCGAUUCUCUUGCUCCGAUUGGUGUCGAUUUUCAAAAGCAUGGUGUUUGGACAAGUAGUAAUAGGUCCUCCUGGAUCAGGCAAGACCACUUACUGCAAUGGAAUGUCUCAGUUCCUCUCUCUAAUGGGCAGGAAGGUUGCUAUCGUUAAUCUGGAUCCUGCAAAUGAUGCAUUACCUUAUGAGUGUGCUGUGAAUAUAGAAGAAUUGAUCAAGUUAGAAGAUGUUAUGCCGGAACACUCGCUUGGUCCUAAUGGAGGUCUUGUAUAUUGUAUGGAGUACUUGGAGAAAAACAUUGACUGGCUAGAAUCUAAACUAAAGCCUCUUCUGAAGGAUCAUUACAUUCUCUUUGAUUUUCCUGGCCAAGUGGAAUUGUUCUUCAUUCAUGACAGUACCAAGAAUGUUCUCACGAAGCUGAUAAAAUCAUUGAACCUUAGAUUAACUGCUGUGCAAUUAAUUGAUUCGCAUCUAUGUUGUGAUCCCGGGAACUAUGUAAGCGCGUUGCUUCUCUCCUUAUCCACAAUGCUUCACAUGGAACUCCCACAUGUCAAUGUCUUGUCAAAAAUUGAUCUUAUUGGAAGCUACGGGAAGCUAGCUUUUAAUUUAGAUUUCUAUACCGAUGUUCAAGACUUGUCAUACUUGGAGCACCAUCUUAGUCAAGAUCCUCGCUCUGCUAAGUACAGAAAACUAACAAAAGAGCUAUGUAGUGUUAUUGAAGAUUACAGUCUUGUUAAUUUUACAACCUUGGAUAUUCAGGACAAAGAAAGUGUUGGGGAUCUAGUAAAGCUCAUUGACAAGAGCAAUGGAUACAUAUUUUCUGGCAUUGAUGCAAGUGUGGUUGAAUACAGCAAGAUUGCGAUUGGUCAAACUGAUUGGGAUUAUAACAGAUAUCCUUUUUUUAGAAUUAUGAUUUCUUAACCAUUGCUUCUCUCAAUAGCUCGAGUUUUAGUUUUACGUCUACAACAAAAGAGUUGUUUCUUU